AUGUCAUCUACUGAAAUUGCCAACAACACUUUUAACCUGGUCGCCGGGAAAAUUGGGCGCCUGAUUACAAGGUCCCAGAAGUUAAAAGAUGGUGACCCAACAGCCAAGAUUUUGGCUCAUGAGAUUGCUGUGACUUUGGCAACUGCACUUGCCCAACAUGGCAACACUGUGACCUUGCUUUCGCCCAAACUCUUGUCUUGCACAGCUGAGAUCUGUCAUAUCCCACAAUCCAGACUCACAUUCCAUAGUAUUCCCACGCCUUCUGAGCCUACGUCCAGACCCCACUUCAUAUCCAACUCACUCCCAGAUCCCCUUCUGCUGUGUACUCCACACCUCAGCAGGAUCGACUAUGCUCUGGAUUUACCCCUGAGCUCCGGACCUCCAGAUCCUUACUGCUAG